CGGUUUAGCGUUUUCCCGCCUUUUCCUCCUCCUCCUCCUCCCACUUCCUCCGCUCGGUCGGUGUCGUCGUUACGGCGGGCUGAGGGGACGGGCUGCGUUAGUGAGAUGGAGAAGGAGGCGGCCGCUGGUGCUUCUAGUGCCGGCCGGCGUCGCAGCGGCAGCGACGACGAUGACCACCACAACACCGCUGGCGGCGAAGAAGGGGAGAGGAGCGCCGAGGAGCCUGUGGUGUCGCUAGCCGAGGUCCUGGCCGAGAACGAGGAGCUCGAGAAGGAGGCGCGCGCCGUACUGGGCGGCAGCGACCACGAGCGCUGCAGCUACUCUCAGGGUGCUGUAAAGAGGCAAGCCUUGUAUGCCUGCAGUACAUGUACGCCACCAGGAGAAGAACCAGCAGGGAUCUGUUUAGCAUGCAGUUAUGAAUGUCAUGGCACCCACAAAUUGUUUGAGUUAUACACAAAAAGAAACUUCCGCUGUGAUUGUGGAAACAGCAAAUUCAAAAAUUUGCAAUGCAAACUACUUCCUGAAAAGGCAAUGGUGAAUCCAGCAAAUAAAUAUAAUGACAACUUCUAUGGAUUAUAUUGUGUUUGUAAAAGACCUUAUCCAGAUCCUGAUGAUGAGAUUCCAGAUGAAAUGAUCCAGUGCAUAGUUUGUGAAGACUGGUUUCAUGGAAGGCAUCUUGGUGCAGUCCCUCCAGAGAGUGGUGAUUUUCAUGAAAUGGUGUGUCAGGCUUGCAUGGAUCGCUGCCCUUUCCUAUGGGCAUAUGCCUCCCAGUUAGCAGUUCCCACUGUGACCAAAGUUACUCCUGCAGCUGAAGAUGGAGUUUUGCUGAAUGUUGAAGAAACUGAAGAAAUCAAAAAAGGAAAUGGUGCAGAUCAUCAAAUAAAGACUGAAGAAGAGAAAAUAGCACAAAAUAAUGAACCAUCCACCAGUUCUGGCUCUGAAUGUUCUGAGAAACUUAAGAAUGAAGCAUCCUUCUGCAAGCUGCAAGACCUGCAAGCAAAGCAGCACCUGAAGGAAAGCACAGCCACCUUCUGGCCACACAACUGGCGGAGCAAACUGUGUACCUGCAAAGAAUGUGUGAAAAUGUAUUCUGAUCUGGAAGUGCCAUUCCUAACAGAUGAAUGUGAUACAGUCCUGGCCUAUGAGAAUAAAGGGACAAGUGACCAGGAAGCAGACAGAAGAGACCCUCUAAUGGACACGCUGAGUAGCAUGAAUAGAGUCCAGCAGGUCGAGCUCAUCUGUGAAUACAAUGACCUGAAAACAGAAUUAAAAGACUAUUUGAGAAGAUUUGCAGAUGAAGGAACAGUUGUUAAGAGAGAAGACAUUCAGCAGUUCUUUGAAGAAUUUCAGUCUCGAAAGAGGAGGAGGACAGAUCGGAUGCAGUAUUACUGCAGCUAGACUGCCUUGGAAGUCCAAGGACAAGUUUUUUUCCCCCCUCUGCUAGCUUUUUAUUCUUCCCUUCCAGUCUUGCCUUCUGUCUGCUUUGCAGCCUAAAUUUGUGCUCUGAUUUUAUGGCAGCUGUGCUGAAAAGUAACAAGAUCAUGAAUUCACAGAAUGUCACUUAUUUUGUGUUAAAGGGUGAGUUGUUAGUGUUUAAAGUCUAUACUUACAUGGGCAUCAACAAGCCUAAGUUGCUGUAGGUGAUGAAGAAUUCUUCAUGUGGUUAAAACUAAAUACUAGAUCAACGUACUUAACAGAUCAGUGUUAAGGCUCAGGGUACCCCUUCCUCAUAAAGAUCUCAGUUUUUAGUACAAAAGUUCAUACCGGCUCAAUGUAAGUGUGUAACCCUUAUCAAUUUUUGGUACAAAGCAUGUUCUGUUGCUUGUUAAAGGCCACAUAGGAUCACAAUGUAAAUUUCUGAACCUGUUGAAAGUACAACUUCUAGCUAAACUUAGAGGUGAAUGACUAUCCCUUUGAGACAAGAGUUAAUAUUUCAGACAAUAGUUUCUUGAAGGAAAAGCUCGUUGUACAGUUGUUUUUAGUGAAAUUACUGCCAGUGCGUUCAUUUCUUGCCCACAUAUAAUGUAAAUAAAUCUUUCCUGGGUGGUACUAUUAGGUUACAACUUUUUUUAGACUGCAGAGAAUCUCUGGAAGGGUACACAAUAUAACUGGUUUUUGGUUUGUAAAUGUUUAGCGUGAUAGCCCACAAAGCUAUAACUGUAAAAUAUGAAGUUGUGACAUUUUAUAAUCACUUUAGAUAAUAAACCUCAGCCAGCAAUACUGCUGAUAGUUUAAAACCAACUUCCAAAUGCAGAUCAGUUUGCUAUUGCUUAACUUUAUCAUCAACUUCCUAACUAUUCAAGCAAGUCUUCAAUACGUAUAUUAUUCACAGCACUCAAAAACGUUUCCUUCUGAUACUAUUUGGCACUAACAUCACAAUAAAACAGUUGGUUGCCAUUAGUUACUGAUUUUGGAAUGAUGUGGGCAAGAUCAGAAAUAGCCUAAAUAUGAAUGUCAAAAUCUCUGAGUUCUUCCGUUCAUAAAUGAUUGAUUUGUUCAGAGCGGCCCUGCUUCCCAACCUGAGGAAGGGUAUUCCUUAACCUUUGAUUAGGGCUCAAAGUUUUAGGGAUGGAAGGUUCUAGUAUAAAGUUCCUGUGAAUUAUGCUUUGGUACCCUAUGGUAAGGAUACAGUAACCAUCAAAUAACGGUUUGAUCAGCAAUUUCAAAUUUAUGUUUAAGAACUCUCAGAUGGGUACCAUCUGCGCCUGGUGAAUUGUUUUAAAUUUACAAAUAAAGUUUAGAACUUCAUAUCAUA